AUGGUUGGGUCACCUUGCGUACCUGGGGUUGCAGAAGAAAUCUUGGCCGAAGCUGGCGGACCACAAGGCGCAAUCCACGGGAACACUGGAAUAAUCGACCCGGAUCCGAACGUUCAGCAACAAGGCCGCUUUUCCUCAUCGGUCUUUAUGUGGUUGGGAUUGAACAAUCUGGUGAAUAGCACAUGGCGACCAGGACUUCCAGAUCCAACAUGUGUCGUGGUUGAAGACGCAAAU